CGAAUCGAUCUGAGGCGCAACAUAUAUAUAUUAAAGUUGCCCACACACUUCCACAUAAUCAGAGAAAAAAUGAUACCAUUUUCAUGGACACUUGAUGGAAUAGAAGAUAGGUUAAAAGAACAUAGUGAAUUCAUUGAUUCGGUGAUAAGUUUAAUUCCUCCAAAACAUUAUUUCAAGAAUGAUCCAGAAGCAACGGAGGAAGAUAAUAAAUUUCAACCUAAUAAAAGAAAAAAACUUUCCAAACAAGUCAUCAGAGAACAGAAAAAACAAGCAAAAAGACAAAAGCUUGAUCCUAAUAAUUUAAAAACUGUACAAGACAUUCAAAAAGAAAAAUUGAAUAAGAUUAGACAAGAAAAACAAAAAGGAAAAAGGCAGAAUGAAGAAGAGGGCGAUGAAGAUGAUAACAUCGAAGAUAAUAAUGACGAUGAUAAAAUAGUUGAAGACAAGAUAGAAAUAAAUAAAGAUAAUGAUGAUGAUGUCAAAGUUGAUAAUGAAGAUGACAGUGAUAAAGAACAAGCGAAAGAAGACGACGAUGAUGACGAAGAGGAAGAUGAUGAUGAAAGUGAAAAUAAAGGAAGCAACAAUAGAUCUCAGUCAGAUUCUGAGAACGAUAUCAAUGACAAAUUCGACAAGAAAGAUGAAACUAAAAUUGAUCAUCCUUCUAAAUCAAAUAAAAAAGAACCACAAAAGUUAAUAUCGAUUCCAGAACGUCUUGACAAAAUUAUUCUUUCAGAGCAGCAGAAUAAUAUUAAAUCGUCUAAAAAUGAAAAAAGAAAAGCUUUAAAUGAGGCAAAGAAACAAGAAAAGAAAUUAAGACGAAAGCAAUCAAAAAUUAAUAAAGAUGGCAGCAAUAAAGCGGAAAAUGGAGAAAAUAAUAUUAAGAAGAAUGGAGAUAUCAAGAAGAAUGAGGAUAUUGAGAGGAACGGAGAUAUUAAAAAAGAUGAUGCGAAAAAUCUUGAUGUUAAGAAGGGUGGUAUUAAGAAGAAUGGAGAUAUUAAAAAGGAUGUAAAUACGAAAAAUCUUGAUAAUAAGAAGGGUGGAGAUAUUAAGAAAGAUGGCGAUACGAAAAAUCUUGAUGUUAAGAAAGGUGGAGGUAUUAAGAAGAAUGAAGAUACGAAAAAUCUUAAUGCUAAGAAGAAUGAAGAUAUUAAAAAGGAUGAAAAUACGAAAAAUCUUAAUGUUAAGAAGAGUGGAGGUAUUAAAAGGAAAAUAGGUGAUGAUGAUAUUGAAGAAGAUUUUCAGCACGAAAAUAGUGAUUUACAGUUUACGUUUACUAAAUUUGAUUUUGCGGGAGGGAAGAAGAAAAAGAAAAAAAUUGAUGAUAUUCAUCUUAUAAAUAAGUUACAAGACAAAAUCAAAAAAGUGAAAGAAUUAAAGAAAAAAGAUCCUGAAAAAGCUGUAGAAUUACAUGAGAAAGAAUCAUGGAGCAAAGCAAUUAAAAGGGCAGAAGGAGAAAAAGUUAAAGAUGACCCUAAAUUAUUGAAAAAAACCAUUAAAAAGAAAAUUAUAAAAAAAAAGAAAAGCGAAAAAGUUUGGUAAUAUUAAAUUUUUAUUCCUAUUCAUAUUUGUUAUUCUUCACUGGAUUGUUUAUUGAUGAAACAUUUUUUCUUGGAAUAAAUUAUAGGAAAGAACGUAUCAAAUCUGUUAACAAAAGUAUGGCCGAAAGACAACAGAAACGUACAGAAAAUAUCCAAGCUAGAAUUGACGCAAAGAAGAAUAAGAAAAAGAAUAAGCGUAGGAAAUAAAUAUAUAAUUACAUAAUUGGUUUUUAAAUAUAGGUUCACUUGAAAAAUUAUUAUUUUUUUCUAUUACGAUCUAACGAUAUAUUACGAUAUCUUUACGACAACUUAUUAAUUAGCACUGGAAAAUAAUAAAAAAAAAAAGACCAUUCAAAAUUUUUUUACCAAUUAAAUCU